GUAUGUAACUUUAGAGACAGUCCCUUAAUUUCCACAUAUACGCGAAUAUCAAACGUCAAACGUCAAACCAACUUUCAUUCCAAUGCUAGUUAAACCGGUUUGCAUGCACGCAUUGUUAUGACUAUAGCUUAAAGCACACACAGAACACAGAAAGAGCGCGGGAGGAGAAGAAUCGUAAAAGUUAAAUUUGCUCCUCUAGGCGCUAGGACUUAAUAUGGGAAGUAAAGCUGCAAAUUCAGAUUCAGGGAGAUCCCUGUCUCUAAAACCAUAUCAUAUAUCUGAAGAAUAUGGCUUUGCUUUGCCUGAUCCUCUGGUGGAGCUGCCGCUGUACUUCCAGCCCUGGAUGGAAAUCGCUGGACGUGUCAGUGAGCUUGUUUCUUCUCACUCUCUUCGUUCAUCUGUUCAUAAGAUGCCUGUGUUGGAGACUGACCUGCUGCAAAGUCAUCGAGAGCUGCGCCUGGCUCAUCUGGCUCUGAGCGUCAUCACUAUGGGUUAUGUAUGGCAGGAGGGUGAGGAAGAUAAAGUUAAGGUUCUCCCGCAGAACCUAGCAGUACCGUACUGGCAGGUAUCUCAGAGGUUGGGUCUCCCGCCCAUCCUUACUUACGCUGAUGGGGUCUUGGCCAACUGGAGGAAAAAAGAACCAGAUGGUCCACUUAACAUGGAGAAUCUGGAGUUGUUGUUCAGUAUACCUGGUGGGGAAAGUGCAAAAGGUUUUUUCCUCGUCAGUCUGUUGGUGGAACUGGCUGCUAUUCCUGCUCUCAGGGCCAUCCCUGAAGUGAUCGGUGGUGUCUGCGACGGUGAUGUGGCCGUGGUGACCCGAGGUCUCGAUGUUGUCAGUAGGUCUAUAGAAGACAUGAAGGAAGCGUUCAAACAAAUGCACGUAUAUGUGGAUCCUUCUGUAUUCUAUGGCAUUAUGAGGAUCUUUUUAUCGGGGUGGAAAGACAACCCAUCGAUGGCAGAGGGACUCGUGUAUGAGGGCGUUCAGGCUGAACCGAUGGAGUUUUCAGGAGGGAGUGCAGCUCAGAGCAGUCUGCUCCACUGCUUCGACGAGCUGCUAGGCAUCAAACAUGAGGAAAAGAGUGCGAAUUUCCUGACCCGAAUGAGAGGCUACAUGCCUCCAUCUCACAGACGCUUCAUCGAGGAAAUAUCUUGUGCUUCGUCCCUGAGGGCCUUUGUGCUAAAACAAGCCAACGAGCGUCUGACGGAGGCCUUCGAUCACUGCGUGGCUCAGCUGGUUUCACUGCGGAGUUACCACAUCAGUGUAGUGUCACGCUUCAUCACCAUCCCAGCGUCCCGAGCCAAACAGCUCCGCUGUGAAGGCCCAGAGUCUAUAGAAGAACGCAACCCUGUGUGGAAAGCACCCACAACGCUGGAAGAAAGAGGAACAGGCGGCUCGGAGAUCAUGAGCUUCCUGAAGACUGUGAGGGACAAAACGAAAGACGUUUCGAUCUCAGUGGGAAGUGACGUAUGAAGACACUGUCUGAGGUCAUCAAGGAAUAUGAAGGAAAGAUACUCAAAAUUUAUCCUACUCUUAAAAAAGUUACUGUAAUAAAAGUCUCAUUAGUGAGUGUUUUUGCAUUGCAAAGAACGUGUGAAAAAUAUUCAAUAUUCUAUCAAUUCUCCUAGUGUUGUGAAGCCAGCAUUAAACCAGUUUGGA